GCAAUCGUAUGCAUCUUACCUGAUCUAAGACGAUUCAUACUCUUGUUCUCUCCUUUCCUAUCACUCCCACUUCAAUUCAAAUAUAGUUUGGACAACAACAAGAACUCACAAUGCCAGUUGGUAAACCAAUCAAUACCCUCAAGGGCUCCUGGAAGCGUCUCUUGAACGACGAGCGAUUGCGCCGCUCUUCUCAAGUACUUUCAGUUGUCGAUUCAAAUGUCUGCAUCUUUGGUGGUGAGGUGAAGCCUCGGGAGCCCAUAGAUGACAAGGUCGAUGUGGUUCCCCUCAAGUCCAAUGCAACAAACGUGGACACAAAAUCUACUUCGUCAGCACCCAGCCCAAGAGUAGGAAGCGCAUCAGCCGUUCUCAAUGGCAAAAUGCACUUGUUUUCUGGACGCGGCGGUAUCGACAUGGCACCCAUAGAGGAACAAGGCGCAGUGUGGUGCUACGAUCCCGCAAGCUCGUCAUGGACAAAGAUCACUCCAGCCGAUUCAUCAGCGCCCUAUCCACCAGCACGCAGCUAUCAUUGCUCCACUAGUGAUGGUAAAGAGACUUUCUUUCUCCAUGCCGGAUGUCCCGCAAAGGGGCGCCUCUCCGACCUGUGGAUGUUCAACACCAACAACCGUACAUGGACACAAGCACCAGAUGCGCCCGGCUCUCAGCGUGGAGGCGCUUCAAUUGCCUACCAUGAUGGCAAACUGUACAGAAUGAAUGGUUUUGACGGGAACACUGAACAAGGUGGUAGCAUCGACGUAUUCGACAUUGCUAAUAGCACGUGGUUCACUGAUACCUUUGAAGCUGAUGGCUACAACGGACCUCAGGCCCGCAGUGUCUGUGUUCUACUACCAGUCCGACUCGCUCACAAGGACAAGCUUCUCACGCUCUUUGGCGAACACGACCCUUCGUCACUGGGCCAUGCUGGAGCAGGCAAGAUGCUGAGUGAUGUUUGGAUCUAUGAUAUCAGCGAGAAAUGGUGGACGCAGCUUCAACCUGAAGGCACUGACGGUGUACCUGAUCCACGUGGAUGGUUUGAUGCUGAUGUUGUCAAGGCUGAGAGUGGUAACGAUAGUAUCGUCAUUCAUGGUGGACUAGGUGAGAACAAUGAACGACUGACGGAUCUGUGGCAACUUGUAUUUUAACCUAUAUGGCCCGAAAUAGGGAUUACGGAUUCUAAAAAAAACCUCAAUUAGAACCCGUUCUGUUUCAUAUUUAUGAGGCUCUGCAUGAUCGUUUACACAUUCAACAUUGUCCAUUGAGGAUGUAGUCGUAGUUUCUACUAACAAGAUACUGAUUCUACACACAGUCAGAUAGAAAUUGAUGUAACUGCUUAAUCCAUUAAUAUAGAAGUAUGCA